GCCAAGGGCAUUUCUGCUGGGCACAAAUCCACUGACCUCUCCCGAGCUCAUCCCCGAUCACCCGCCGCCAUGGCUGCAACAGGUGCCACCUGGGUCAAAGUUGCUGUGGACUCGCGUCUUUCUUGAUGGGGGGAAUGAGGUGCGCGAGUCGGAAUAUGGGGUUUAUCAUAGCCCUCAAGAGUUCUUGCGUGAGGCACUUAAGGUGACGCACCCCUUCGACAGUGCCGUGGCCAUUGAUGGGCCCAACCUCAGGGCCAUCGCUUAUGUUCUUGAACAUGGUGUUAAGGGAGUUGAGCAGAAGCGCCGGGCGGUGCUUGAACAUUACAAAGCCCUGGAACGUUCCCUUCACGACGAGGAGCAGCAAAUGCUUAUCGAUGCGGGGGUCCCUGACGAGAACCUUUUCAAUGAUAUGGUCAACGGGUUUCGCUUGACGGGUACCUUGGAGCCUUCCGGGUUGUUUCCUCCCAAGUUUAAGCCUGCGGUGAUUUCGGUUGCUGAGCUUAAGCGUUCUGCUGCAUGGUCUAAGCAUCUCAUUGAGGGUGCGUGUCGCAAGGCCUCAAGGGAUCCGGACGUCGCUCGAGCAGUGUGGAAGGAAUCCUUAGAACAGGUGGGAAAGGGAUGGCUGUCAGGGCCAUUCACUUGGGAUCAGAUGGACGAGAAGUACGGUGGCGCUUGGGUCGCUUCAAAGCGUUUUGGCGUAACACAGGGGGACAAAGUUCGUGCAGUGGAUGACCUGUCCCAGUUUCAGGUGAAUGCAUCGGUCACGGAGACGGAGAAGAUCCAACUUGAGGGUCUGGACGACAUUGUCGCUUUAGCUCGCUUCAUGCUUGGUGCCACU